AUGUCUUCUCCGCCUCCUGACCAGACCGCUUUAAUGCAGGAGAUCUUGAAUUCCAUCAAAAAUCUACAACUCAACCAGGUCCAGCUGUCAUCCAACGUCGAUGCUAUUACCGGUCGUGUUAAUGUCUUAGCUGGAAUGAAGGAAGUUCGGGAUGUUGCUUCUACCGAUUCAGCAACUCUUUCCAAACCUUCUGAGCCUGUUGCAAGCAAUGAUGAAAGUGCUUCCAAGGAUGAGAACGAAGCGGAGGUGCCCAAGUCUCCAACAAUCUCGGCGGCGAAGCCCGAUGAAGCACCCAUUCCUUCUUAUACCCAAAAAGCAAGCACCGGUACUUCUCGAAUCAUUCUCACUACAUACCCUGGACAAUCCGGUAUCAAUCCACUUCCUAUGGAAUGGGGUCAUAGCGACCCGCAAAUCAGAGGACCGGUAGUUGUUUCUAGAGCCACAGAAACAGCCCGAAGACGUAACGCAAUUGGUGCUCACGGUGGAUCCUAUUCGAUAUACUAUGCUUUGGCCGUUGCUAGCAAGGAAAUCAAGGCAGACCAUAAGCCGGAUUUCACAAACACAGAACCUGCCGCCAACAUUGGACCCUUCCCUCAAUGGGCCGACAAGAAAAAGAUAGUAUCGAUGGAUCCUCUGGGCCAUCUCGCUCCAUGGCUUUUCAAGGACACAAUUGAGAAGGAGAAUGUUGAUAUUAGACCUACUAUUGCAAUCACCCGAGCCCAUAUGAAGCUACCAGAAUUAGAAGCUAGCGUGCGUGAAGGUCGGCUCAAGCCGGACGGCAAGAUUUGCUUGAAUGAGGCUGGUGAACUUGCAGUCACAAAAUUUGCCGUGGAACCAGUUUGGUAUCUACCUGGAGUGGCUGAGCGAUUUGGCAUUUCCGAAGGAGUUCUGAGGAGAGCAUUGUUCGAGCACACUGGUGGAUCAUACCCCGAAUUGAUUACCAGAGGAGAUAUUAAGCUCUUCAUGCCACCAAUUGGUGGUUUGACCGUCUACUGCUUUGGAGACCCCGCGAAGAUGUCAGAUGAGAAUAGUCGCCUAGCUUUACGAAUUCAUGACGAGUGUAACGGAAGUGACGUGUUCGGAUCUGAUAUUUGUACAUGCCGUCCUUACCUGAUCUAUGGUAUCGAGGAGGCUGUUAAGGAGGCGCAAAAGGGUGGUAGUGGGGUCGGUGAGUUAUGUAGAGCUCUUGGAGAGGUUACAAAGUACCUCGUUUAUAACGCUAGAAAGCGUGGACUUGAUCGAGCUUCGGAAUAUUUCAAACGCACGGAAAAUAUUGCCGGUGUAAAGGAUAUGCGUUUCCAGGCAUUGAUGCCCGACAUUCUUCAUUGGUUGGGAAUAAAGAAAAUUGACAGAAUGCUAAGUAUGAGCAACAUGAAACACGAUGCCAUAGUCGGUCAAGGAAUUCCCAUCCAUGAGAGAGUUGAGCUUCCUGAAUCAUGGAUCCCAGCGGAUUCGAGGGUCGAGAUUGAUGCAAAGAUUACAGCAGGAUACUUUACUACUGGUCACAGAAUGACCGAGGAGGAACUUGCUGCUGUCAAGGGACGUAGUUGGGAUGAUAUUGAUCAUUGA